UACGAAAAUUUCGCGCAAAAGCAACAUGAAAAAAACCAAGGAUGUGUCGGACGAGGACGAAUAUUCAGCGGACGAUCCAGAAGAAGUAGAAGGAGCUUCGGAGGAAGAGUGGACUCCAGAGGCAGGAGCUGAGAGUGCUACAAAAAAAAGACCACAAAGAGAAGCUGCUAAAAAAAGACAACAUUCGGAAGAGGAAGAAGAAGAUGAGGAAGAGGAGGAUGAGGAAGAAGACGACGAGGAAGACGACGAAUCCGAUUCAGAUGCAGAAAAAAAACCCAAAAGGAAAAGACGUUCUAAGAAAGAAGAGGAUGAUAAAGAAGAAGAUGAAGAAGAAGAUUCUGAUGAUAAUAGUUUCAAUGAAUCAUCAGGGGAAACGCCAAAAGAUUACACAUCUGGAGCAUUUGUCGUCGCAAAAGCUGAUAUCGGAGGAAAUAAAGAUCCAACUUUGUGGAGGAUAGAUGGGAAAGCAUUACUUCAAAAAUUCUUACCUUUUAAAGAAGAUGGAAAAACAUUGUACAAAAGUACCUCCACGUAUUCUGGGUGGUCAGUCAGCAACAAAGACAAAUAUUUAGCAGCACAGGUAACUUUCAAAGUGCAAAAUAGAACAGAAACAAUUGUGGAACUUCAUCUUGAUCAACAACAGCAAGAAGUUGUAAAAAGAGAAUUUCUGUUUUAGGGAGGAAAAAGAAGAUUAAAUGUAGUUUGAGUUUUGCUAUUAUUUGUUUAUAUAUGGUUUAAGGUAUAUUAAGGAUGAAUACCUCUACAUCCACAUAUACAUAUGAAUGAAAAUACAGAAAGCGUCAUAGAUGUCAUCCUCCUAAAUACUACAGUCAAUAUGAAAUGAUGCAUGCCAAUACCAAGUCUGUAAUAGCACAUUUUAUAUUGUCUGCAGACUUUGGCAAGGCAGUAAUUAUCACGCUCUAUGUAUAAACAUUACAUGUAUGCACGAACAUGAAGCAGUAAUGUAGCAGGUUCAUAUUUAAAUUUAAGAUCGGGUGAACCAUGGAUCCAACGUUAUCGUAAUGAGUGGCUUUAGGCAUAGUGAAUGUGAUUCUACCAAAAAAUACCUGUGUACUGCGAUGAAAAAGUGCAGUAAUCUAUGAUUCUGCGUUUUCAUGGAAAUGUUUGAUAACAUAAUAUGUAAAGUAAAACUAAAUGGGAUUUUAUGCCUAUGACAAAAACUAAUCGUUUAAAAAAUAUGUAUAAUUUGUUUUUAGGAAAACAUGAUUAUUUUUUGACAUCAAUGAAGAUCAUGAUUUAAAAAAAAUCUUAAACUCAGUGGUCAUUUACAUGGCUGCAUUUAAUAAUAAAGUAAAACAUCCGGUAAUUAAAUAGUCCACUUUUGUUUUCCACCCAAGUUACAAGGUGCUACUUACGCAAAUGAAUCUCAUUAUUUUCCGUUAUCGAUUAUAGUUUAAUAACUUCUCAUUGUGGCCCAACAUAAACAUUACUAUAUGUUUUUAGAUUAAUAUCCAUUGCUUUGACAUAAUCCACAAUGAAUAUCAGCAUUAAUAAUAAUUUUUAUUACGGAAACGAUUGAUUCAAAUUCUUAAUUUAUCGAAUAAGAAAAUCGUAAUUUUAUGGAGUCUAUCUGAUCGUGAUUAAUAGAAACAUUUCACGGAUGCAAGUUAUAAACUAACGUACAUUGAAAAAGAGAAUUGCAUAAAGAAAAUCUUAUAGUAGAUCUUUAUUUAGUUUUCCCAUAUUUAUACAUUAUAUCUUUUUUCUACAGUGCUCUUAAUACAUCUUUUAUUUUAUUUCAUAACUAAACUAAAAAUUUUUAAAUUAUCUCAUUGUGCUUCUUUAUUUCGUAGGCAGAUUGAAAAAUGUAACAAAUCAUCACAAUUUCAAACGAAGUGACACCUUUAAAAAGGUAAAUGCAUGAAUAUCCUUCACAGAAGGAAAAUAGCAUUUACAAUUAAUCUUGAUUUACAUUAUAUAUAUAUAUAUAUUUUAUAUAUAUAUAUAAAAUUAGUAAAUCUCCUGAUAAUAAAAGCAAAAUUGGUCUUUAUAGAAAAAAAAAAAAAAUAAUAAAAAAAAACAUCAGUAAAGAUAUAAAUUUUGCAAGAAUAUUUAAUAUCGUGUACUUAACAUCUUAUCAUGAGCCCCAUAUAUCUUAAUAAAAAUGAAUAAUGUUAUGUAAUUUAUGGCGUUUUUUCGUGUAAAAAUAUAGGGAAGAACAUAUAUCAUGUUUUCCAAUACUAUUAAAAUAAGAAUGUAAAUAUGCUAGGUGAAUCAAGAAAUAAUUCUUGCACAUACAGUUCUUAUAUUGCUCAAGUAUAAUUUAUAAUUUUGAUUGUCAAUGUAGAAUAGAAUAAAAGUUACAUAAUCUUAUUAACAAGUAUAAAACGUGAAUAUAAAACCGUUUAAUCAUCCUAUUUUAUUCUGUACGUAAGCAUAAUUGUGUUUAUAUAUCAUAUUAAAUCGUAAUAUGAAAUAUAAUUUAAUUAAAAAAAAAAUCAAGUAUGAUCGACAUUAACUGAACCAAUAGAUUAUACAUUAGUAAGAAAGAUUAUAAAUGAAUGUAAGCAAACGUGUUUUGAAUAUUAAAAGAAAAAGCGUAUAAAAAGA